UCAAACACCUGAGACGGCACGGCGGUGAAAGUAAAAAAACAAUUUAUUAAAUUCAGUAUUAGUAUUUAUAAUAAGUGACACGUCAUGGCGGCAAUAUUAGGAGGCGGUCUAGGAGGAUUAUCAACAGGAUAUUAUUUACUAAAGAAUAACGUAAUUCAUAAUAAUAAUUUGAAGAUAUUUCUGCUAGAAGCUACAAAUCAGUGUGGAGGAUGGAUAAAGACCAUUCGAACGAAUGACUAUAUAUUUGAACAAGGUCCGAGAACUAUCAGGCCCAAGGGUGUAAUUGGUUUGAAUACACUAAACAUGAUGCAGGAUUUGGGUCUCAGUGAGCACAUAUCGCCAAUAAAACCCGACCACCCUGCCGCGAGAAAUAGAAUGAUUUAUGUAAAUAAUUCAUUACAUCUUCUUCCAUCUAGUUUAAAAGGUGUCUUUCAAACCAAUGGGCCAUUUUCAAAACCACUUAUUUAUGCAUUAUUUAAUGAUUUGAAACAGCCACAUAAGGAACUAAAAGACGAUUCUAUUUACAAUUUCGUAGAGCGUAGAUUUGGUAAGGAAAUAGCAGACUAUGCAAUAUCACCUAUGAUAUGUGGUAUUUGUGCUGGAGAUGCUAAAGAAAUAUCUGUUAAAUUCCUGAUGAAAACAUUAUUUGAGUAUGAACAGAACCAUGGAGGAGUCAUGAAAGGUUGGAUGAAGUCAAUGUUUAGUGCCAAAGCCUCGAAUGAUAUUGAAUUGACUGACUUAGCAAAAGCAGCUAAAGAUGAAAAAUGGAGUGUGUACACUAUAAAAGGUGGCUUGGAAACAUUCCCCACAAUACUUAAAACCUACCUUAAAGACAAUGAUGUAAAUAUGCAAUUAAAUACUAAAGUAGAAGAAAUAGAGUUUGUUGAUUCCAGUCUAGUAAAGUUAAGGAAGACUGAUGGAGAAGUGCUUACAGCAAACCAUGUAUAUUCAACAAUCCCAGCUCAUGUGUUGGCAAAACUUAUCGACAAACAACAUCCUGAGUUGUCCCAGAAUCUAAAACAGAUACCAUUUGUGACUGUUGGAAUUGUAAAUCUAUAUUUUGCUACUGACAAACCUCUUAUUACCCCAGCUUUUGGUUUCCUCAUACCACCAAUAGAGAAUUCUCCAAUUUUAGGAGUAGUGUUUGACUCCUGUUGCAUACCUGAUCAAAAAGGAACCGUUUUAACUGUCAUGCUUGGAGGAAGAUGGUUCAAAGAAAAAUUUGGAGAAGGAGUUAAAAAUGAAAGGCUUUUAAAUAUUGCAUUGAAAGAAAUUAAGACAAUUCUUAAGAUAGAUGAUGUCCCAGCUGCAUCUCAUGUUAGCAUAUUAGAUAAAUGUAUACCGCAAUAUGUGAUCGGUCACUAUGAAAGGGUAGAUAAAAUUAGGCAAUACAUUCAGAAAAAUAAUUUACCAAUAUCAUUAGUAGGCAGCAGUUACGAUGGUGUAGGGGUCAAUGAUGUUAUAUUUUCUGCUAAAACUCAAGUUGAAGAAGACUGUGUUAAUUCUAAGUUAUAUAAUUUGCCUUAACAAAAUAGUAUAGUUUUAUUAUCGCGAAUGGGAAAUGGUACAAAUAAUAUAAGUUAUUUAUAAUGAUUUUAUACGGAAACAAUGCUGUUUAUUUUGGUGCCAUUGAGUUUUUAUGUUUGACAUAUUCAAAUGCAUACUGUGAUACCUUGUGCAAUGUAUAAUAAAUAGUAUAUCAACUGACUGUCUUUUUGUAAUGUUUAAAUAGAUUCUAUUACAUAUCAGUAUGUAAAUGUUAUAUUGAAUUUUUAAUAAAACAUAAAAAAUA